GUACAUUUGGGCGUGUUCAUCUGGUGAAGGAAAAAAUGGCCAAACGUUACUUUGCACUGAAAGUAAUGAGCAUUCCUGAUGUUAUUCGACUGAAGCAAGAACAACAUGUGCACAAUGAAAAAUCAGUCUUGAAAGAGGUCAAUCACCCAUUUUUGAUCAGAUUAUUUUGGACCUACCACGAUGAACGUUUUCUAUACAUGUUAAUGGAAUAUGUACCAGGUGGAGAACUUUUUAGUUACCUGCGCAACAUGGGGCGUUUCAACAACAGCACGGGACUGUUUUACUCUACAGAAAUUAUUUGUGCGAUAGAAUACCUGCACUCCAAAGAAAUAGUUUACAGAGACUUAAAACCUGAAAACAUAUUACUAGACAAAGAAGGGCAUAUCAAGCUAACUGAUUUUGGAUUUGCUAAAAAACUGGUGGAUAGGACAUGGACGCUCUGUGGUACCCCUGAGUACCUUGCACCAGAAGUCAUACAAAGCAAAGGCCAUGGAAGAGCUGUGGAUUGGUGGGCUCUAGGAAUUCUGAUAUUUGAGAUGUUGUCAGGGUUUCCUCCGUUUUUUGAUGACAAUCCAUUUGGUAUAUAUCAGAAAAUUCUUGCUGGCAAAAUAGAUUUCCCGAGGCAUUUGGAUUUGUAUGUAAAAGACCUUAUUAAGAAGCUGCUUGUGGUUGAUAGGACAAGACGAUUAGGAAAUAUGAAGAAUGGAGCAGAUGAUGUGAAGAGACAUCGAUGGUUCAGGUCUAUAGAUUGGGAAGCUGUACCUCAAAGAAAACUGAAGCCUCCUAUAGUGCCGAAAGUUUCCAAUGAUGGGGAUACAUCCAAUUUUGAAGCUUAUCCUGAAGAUGACUGGAACAAAACACCCCCGGUACCCCCUAAAGAUCUAGAAAUUUUCAAGAACUUCUGAAUAUGACAUCCACACUGGACAAGGUAUGUCCACAUAUCAGGAGUUCUCUUCAAAACACUUCAGUUCUGUGAGUGAGAGCUUUAUGCAGAAACUACAUCUUCUGAUUGAUAGCACUGAUCAGUGCUUUAUUACAGCUUUUAAAACCGAUGUGAAUUGAUCAGGGUAAGAAAACAGUAUAAGGUAGAGGAGAUGUUUGAAAUAAUAUAUUGUAAAAAUAUUGUAAAGUACGCCUACUGGAUGACAGAAGUAAUUUAUCUCACAGGCUUUGCUUGUUCUACAAUGAUCAAGAGUUCUCCGUGUACAGGCAUUUAAACCUUUCUAUCCUUAAAACUUUUAAAUAGUGUGUUAAAAGCAAAGAUCUAUAUAGAUUUGACAGAUAAACAAAUGAUUGCAAGAUGUUUACAUUAAGAACCAAACCUUUAGCUGGAGGAAAAAGAUCAUCAGAGUAAUUCUAUACCCUCGAUUCUUUUUUUUUUUUUUUUUAAUUGUGAUGGGUUAAUAUUUGUCAUUCAAGUCACAUGCUCUAUAUUGUCUUUUGUGUUUUUUGUUGUUAUUGUUUUUGUAUUAGAAACUGGAAGGAAACUGAAGUGCUAAGAGCAAGUCUGAAGACAAAUGAGUUCAUACGUAAAUGAAGACUUUUUUGAUGUGGAUGAGAAUGUUACUGCAUUCAGAUAUGCAUAUUAGUAAAUAUUUAAAGAGUUGGAGGCAAGCAGGACUCACUUUUAGCUGUAAACAUCUGACAUUAGUUUAGCAAAUUGUAAUAUUGAUACUCUACUCUGAAGUAGUCUCACUAAAGUGGUAUAUUUCAGAAUUUUUUUUAACUUAUGGUUUUGUUGAGUUUCCUGCUAUUCCUAGAUCCUUUCUGCGUAGUUGUCUCAGACUUAAUUUUAUAAGUUUAUACUAAACUUGUGUAAUUAAAAGCACAAAUUAGUAUAUAUGUAUAUAAUGAAUACAAUACAACUAAAGCACAGCAACUGUGCAAAGAUGUAAAUUUUUGUACUUUGCAGAGCUGAUUUUUAUUUUUCAAAUAAUGUUUUUCAACAAGUUCUCUAGGGAUAAAAAUC